AUGUUCAUCUUCGUGGGUAUCAUCAUCUACGUCAGUGUGGCGGUGGCCAGGGAUUCGAUGGUGCUGAUGGAGCCGCCAGUGAAGCCGUCUCCUGAGUUGAAGAACAUGUUGUUGGAGAAUCUGAACAAGCACGGUAACACGUUGGAUGAGCUUGAACCCUUGCAGGCAGUCAAGUCGAAGGGAUCCACUACUUUCACUUCAAAAACCAAAAUUGAAUUGAGCGACAAUAAGGUUUGUUUUUGGAUAUUAUUAUCUUUGUGUUAUUAUCUUCUAGUUAAUAUACUGUAAUGUUCGAAUGAAGUUUGUUUUUGUUGCGCAAUCCGUUCCAACAACAAAUUCUUGAGAUUUGUUUGUUUUAGAACUCGAAAUCUGGCGUCGCAGAUUCAGAUGAUCUUCCAUUCGAUGUAAAUGAAGUCUCUACCUUGUUUGACGAUAGUGAUUUGACAAGGCCAGACACUGAUAAAGUACCUUUCAAACCUUUAGCCAACUUCGAGGAGAGUUUUCGACCACAACCUUUAAGUUUGAACACGCUACACCCUCCGAUUGAACUGCCUCCGCUGUCAUUAACUGACUCUGGACAGCAACAGCAUCUGGUACCGUUGUCUUAUCGACCACUUCCGCCCUCGGCCGAUUUGAAGACCGCUCAACCACCUGCUUCUAACUUUGCUGGGCCUCCAGCUCCACCAGCAUCACCUGGUACUAUUGGUUUCCAGCAACUGGUACCUCCUAAUCAACAAUUCUCGUCGUUUCCUAGUUUACAAUCUCAGAAUCCGUCUUUUCCGGCAUUUUCCAAUCUUCCAUCUCAUCAGAAUCCAUCUUUUCCAUCGUUUUUAAGUCCACCUAGUCAGAAUCCGUUUACCCAUUUUGAUGAUGCUCCACCGUCAGCCGCUCCUUCGCCGCCUUCUGGAGCCUUUCCUGGAUUUUUAAGUCAAAGUCAGUCGUCUUUGAAUCCUCCUAGUCUAUCACCACCCUCAUUAUCACCUAAUCCACCUAAUGUUGUGUAUCCUUCUCUGUCUCAACCACAAGCGCCAUCUCAACAACCUUCUUCAUCGUUGUUACCAUCUCAGUUUCCUCAACACUCAACUCACCCUGAUAGUCAAGUAAAGGCGUUAUCAGCUUCACUAUCUUCUCCUUUACAAACAGCUCCACUGUUGUCAGAACUGCCGUCUUCUACUGUCAAUGCAUCUCGACUACCCUCACUCACACUACCGGCUCUGAUUCCUCUACCUGAUCUUCAGUUUGCUGAAGAGUGGAGCAGAGGAAUUCGAACUACAACUGUCGCACCACUUUUGAAUAUACCUAUUUACUCGACUCAGAUCUUGUUUACAACUACAUUAGCGCCGUUGGACAUCAAACAGUGGCGGAACCGGUUCUACAAGACGUUCAAGCGAAUCAACAAACGGAAGAAACUUAUGGAACAGAAGAACAAGGUCGACUUUGUCAGGGACAGCGAAGUCAUCGUGAACAAGAAGCCAGAUUCUGAGGAUCAGAAGCUUUUCGACGUUGAGAAGAGUGGGUAUGAAUAUGCCAGGUAUGUUGUAGUAGAAAUUGUAUUUUGUGUAAAAAAGGUACUUGUUUUAUUCCAUUAUCUUUAGAAUGAGCGAGGUUUUAAACAUGUUAUGUAAGGUAUUAGACAAUAAUUCAUGUAAUAUUUGUUACAAAUUAUAUUUUAGAGUGCAACACGGCCGUCCUCAAACACCCGGGCUUCAGAAUCGACUAAAAGAAUAUGCGUUCAAUGGAAGCCGGCCUUCUGAUAUUUUUCAUCCAUUAUCUUUGAAGGCAAAGGCAGGUGUUCUAAAUUGAUUAAAUUGGUUUAUUUUUAAUUUGUCUAGGUGAUAUUGUUUUAGGAUUCAAAAGAAAAGCUACGAAAGGCCAAGGUUCAGCCUCUGCCACAGAGAAAGUUUAAGGUUAACAACGAUUUGGAGCCACAUGAAGUAAGAUACGAUUAAAGGAAAUAUAUCAUCAAAAUUUCGGUGAAAAUUUACUUAAAUCUACUAUGAAAAACAAAUUUUAAUUUAUUCAUAGCUGUCAAUGUGAGGUUAACCUAAAUUUUUAUUUUUUAAAUUAUUUUUAUACCAUUUGAUGUUGUAUGAAUUAUGAAUUUCUGUUUGUAGACGCCAUGCCUAGCUGUCGGAUGUGAUGAGAAGUCUCAUAAUCCGUGGAUCUUUCAAAACGAUGUUGUGUUAGAUAAUACGGACACGUGUAACAACGACAAACUACGUACAUUGGCGGAAAAAGUAAGCUUUACUGUAACAAGUUUAGUAUUUUUUAAUUUCCGUUUUGAAAUUUUAUUUUAAAUUUAGUAGUUAUUUCAAAAUUUUAAAUUAAGUUUUUGCUGCAGCAUGGGUGACAUUAAACUGUAAUACAAUUGUGCUCAUGAGCUAUAGUGGUUAUGGUACUAUUAAUAACAGAAGAUGAUCAACGUCUAGUCUAGCUUAAUGUACUUACUUAUUUACUUUUAGUUAAUUGUACCUUCUGACGCCGAAGCCUCGAAGCGUUUGAUUCAGAAGCAGUUUGAGGAAGAGUUCGGCCGCUUCUUCAAUGUCAUUUGUGGAACUGGUUUCUACAGUUAUAUUGCUCAUACGGAUGACUUUUGUCUUGUCAACGUACAAGACAUGAACUGUUACAUCUUCUCUCCUGUGUGUACUGACAGCCAAGGGUUAGGUAAUGGAGUACUCAAGCAACGAAAGAAGAAGAGUUUACAAACCGUGAAAGUAAACAGUAGCCGGGUACUGUAA